UUCAUCUUGACUCGAGUAGCAACGUUUCGCUGCUAGAGAAAACUGCGGUGCCAUGGUUGUUUAUCGAUACAUGAGGUGUCAUUAGUUGUCCUAAAUAAACUACACCUGUCUUAGUUUGUCUAAGUUUAGAGGAUUUUAUAGCCGCUCGUGAGUGGAUUUCAAGUUUCGCUAAUGUGGCUAGCCAUGGAGUAGCUGCUCAACCGAGUGUGCCAUGUGGGUCUAAGCCUUCCCAGGAGGUGCCAUGCUUGCCACGCAAUCGUCGGACGCUGCACAAGAGGCUCAGGAUGUCAAACAGAUUAAAGAGAAGUUGGUGCAGUCCCUCAAAGCCCUUCAGAAGCGAUAUGUGACUUCUGAUGCAGUGGUCACCAGCGAGGACAGCGAUGCAAACCUCCUCUGCUCUGCCCUGGAGGCUGUUUUCAUACAUGGACUCAAGAGCAAGUAUAUCCGUGUAGCGGCUGGAGGUCGGAGUCGGAAGGGAGGCAGAGGUCCUCUUCCACAGCCUUUCUUCUGGGCCCUGCUGAAGACCGUGACCCACAGAGAUGUGAUCACUGAGCUGGAGAAGCUGAACUUCGUGGGCACUGAUGUAGGUCGCUGCAGAGCCUGGCUGCGUCUGGCCCUUAACCAUGGCCUCCUGGAGUGUUACCUCAUAUCACUCUUCCGGGAGAACUCCAAACUGCGUUCUCAUUACCAACCGAGUGCCUUCCUCUUGAAUUCAGAAGAACGAGAGGUCCUCCUCAGUUACCUCCAAGGACUGGCCUCCCUUACAUUCAAUCUGUCAUACAAAUCUGCCGUUCUCAACGAAUGGACCACCACACCUCUGGCUCUGGCAGGACUCUGUCCAUUAUCCCAGGCAGACAUUGCAGAGCUUCCCGUGAAUGGUACAAGUAAACCCGCCUCUAAACCUACAGCGAGAGAAUCCUGGGAUACUGUGUCCCAGUCCUCGGGGUCUUCAGAUGCACUCGACUUGCUGAGAGGGCCCGUGGAGGUGAAAGCCAACGGUUUCCCUGACCAAAGAAGUGCUCUCAACUCAAGUGCUCUCAAUUCAUCAAAUUUAAGUCUGGACACGACCGGCUCGUCUCAGCUCUCCUCCAGUUUGAGCUCCGAUAGCUUCCUUCAAGGACCAGACCCUCGCAGCCUCUCUGGGGAGCAGUGGCAGUUAUGUGACCCAGACACCAACCCCAUGAGCAGGAAGCAGAAAGAUUCCCCCAGUGAGUGCAGAGAGAGCGGCCACUGCAGUCAGGACUCCAUGCGGGAUGACUCGCUGGUUUCCAGUACUGGGGCUGAUCAGUUCUCAGAAACGGCUAUCUUCAGUGGCUCUGACAGCGAUACUCAAGUUCCCCCCUCUCCAACCAAUGUGCUACCGAACUCCGUCAUCUGUGACAUAGAUCCAGCAACACCACCACCAUCGGAUGAUACAUCUCUACCACGCCAGCAUCAUGCAGACGACACCUCACCUGACACCUUCAUUGGCACAGGCUCAGAGCCGCUUUUGGACUCUGAGACACAGUCCACUGACGAUCCACUGGAGCCUGUCGAAUCCAGAGAGGAGGGUAUCACAAUAACUAUCCUGAAAGAAGAAACGAAAGUAGAGGACCAAGAAGAAAACCCAUUAGAUUCUUCAGAACUUGUUGGUGAUCGUUCACUCAGCAUCCGGAGCACUGACCACAGCUCAGAUUCUCUGACUCAUUCACGUUCUUGGAUCUCUGAAGAUGACAUCUACAAGCCUCAUCUGGAUGUGCCGUCCGAUCAUGAAGAGGUCCCCGCACCACCGCUGGCUGUUGGGCCCAGUGUCUCCCUGUCCACCCCGAGUGUAGUCCACCGCAGACAAAUGGGACUUUCCAAUCCGUUCCGUGGUUUGCUCAAACUAGGCCACCUGGAAAGACGUGGUACGAUGGGGAUGUGGCGGGACGUCUACUGUGAGCUCUCACCGUUUGAAUUCCGGGUCUACCUUAACGCAGAGGAGCGUACAUGUUGUGACAACUGCUACCUGGUGCGCUGUGAAGAUGUGCGACUCUCCUCGUCUGAUGGCCGCUUUGAGCUACUCUUCCCAGGGAAGCGGUUAUCGCUUAGGGCAGCCAAUCUGGGAGAAGCUGAGGACUGGGUCGACAGGAUUGUGGAGGCCAUUGCAAAGUGCCGGCCGAUGUCACAGGCGGAUGAGCAGUGGGAAGUUCUACAUGUUUCACAGGAGAACGAUGUGGAGGAACACAUUGUUUCAUCCUCGUCCUCUGCUGCAUGCAGCCCAGAGAAAAACCCCUCUGACACAAAGAUCUUAGAACGCACACCUCCCCACACUCAAGAAUUUGAGUGGACUCGAACUGUUGAUCCAGAAGCAGAUGCCAUCAAAGAGUCUGUUCUGUAUAUUUCCACUGACAUGGAGGCUCGAACUUGGGUUCGCUUUGUCUUCUCCCUCUCCUUGGAAACCUUAAAGGGUUUUCGUGUACAAGAAGGUAAAAAACUUCUACGACUCACUCACCCAAUUGAGGAAGUCCGUGAUGUGGUUCCUGAUGUGGCUCUGGGAGGACCUGACUUUUUCAAAAUACUGACCGUCCGGGAGACCCUCAGGCUAAAAGCAGAAAACCCAGAGGAGGCUCGAUCGUGGAGGGUUCUGAUCCGUGGAGCUCUGGACUCCUACUUGGAGUGUGGGGCGGAUGAUGUGGGCUCGGAGGAACCAGUCCCAGUAGGCAAUGGGCUAAGUGGGAAUCUCUAUAGACUGGUUCAGCACAGACUCAAAGAGAACGGAGCAUUGCUGGCUCAUCUGUGCACAGUGCCAUCAGAGAAGGGGCUGGACUCACAGAACUUCAAAUGUGCUGGCUGUCCUCAGCAGAUCGGCCCAUCUGUGGGUAGAGCCCGCUUAUGUGAGUUCUCAGGCCGGUACUACUGUGAGUGCUGUCACCAUGGUGACACCAGCAUCAUACCAUCCAGAAUGGUGCACAACUGGGACCUGAAGCAACGAGAGGUGUGUAAAAAGGCCAUGUGGCUGCUGGAUCAGGUCAAGCAUGAGCCGCUGAUAAACAUGGAGCUGCUGAACCCAGAUUUGGUUCAGCAUUCAGAGUCCAUGUCUCACAUUCACACACUGCGGAAGAGGCUGCGACUUUUAGGCGACUACCUGCUCACCUGCCGCAGUGGAGCCUGCAAGACACUCCAGGCCAAGAUGGAGCAGAGAACAUACCUGCUGGAGUCCAGUCAUCUGUACAGUGUCAUGGACUUGAGACAGAUUGUACGGGACCAAUAUGCAACCUACCUGCUCACUCUGCUGCAGUGCGCCUCCAACCACGUCUUCAACUGUGACCUGUGCACUCAGAGAGGUUUCAUCUGCCAAAUCUGCCACGCCAACGACAUCAUUUUCCCUUUCCAGUUUGACAUCACUACCAGGUGCAAAGAUUGUAAAGCUGUUUUUCAUCUUGCGUGCAAAACCAGAGGCCACUCGUGUCCGCGCUGUCUGCGCAUGAAGAAGUACCAGGAGCGGAGUCUGUUGAGUUGAGCAAAUCCUCCAAGACUAAUGAGGAAACACAACAAACACUGAAAUCUUUGAAUGAAGUAACCUUAAGUGCAAUUACGGCUAAUUGUUGCAACACUCCUGCUCGAAAUUUGAGGCUAAUAUAUUGACCUAAUGCUGACAAACGUUGUGUGUAUCAGUACCUCUCUAGGAAUGUUCCUGCUCGCCAUGGACACCAAGGUGUAAUAGAUGAAGAAUGCAGGCCAUAAGUGUUUUUCUAUUACUCCUGGUGUCGUACAUGUAUGUCUAUGUUACGUUUUAUUUAGAAUAGAACCUGAAAUAUUGUGCCUUUACAAUACAUGUUUACUUUUCUGUGUUGCAAAAGGAAGCUAAAAACAAUAUCUAGGGUGUAAAAAGUAUCAGUUUGUAACAUUUGGAAUAAAGCAAGUGCCUUAAAUCCAAACUUGUGAUAGAAGGAUAGGGUAUUCGACUCCACAAUUGUAGCAAAAAGUUUUUUGUGCUUUUUAAUUGGCAAAAUGACAAAUUCAAAUUGUCAUUUAUCGAAUUGUGUAUGUUUCACUUUCCAGUAACCUAUCUUUUGUGCACAAAGAAAAAAGUGCAUCACAUUGAAAAUGGCUUUUAAUUUAACUUCAGCUUAUGCUAUUUGACUUGAUUUUAUACUCCUGAGCCGGUAUUGUUUUUAAAUCAUACUUUUAAUCUAACGUUGCCUGUUUUCCUUUGUUACUCAGAGUCAGGUUUUAAAACUGCUUGUCUAUCAAAUGAUAUGUUUGAAUGAAUUCUAUUAUAAAUUUAAUGGAACAUGAAUCUAAACCUCAGACAACCAAAUAGAUGAGACCUUUUUUGCAGUGGGUGGUUUCAUACCGAGUUAAAAAUGUUUUAUUUUAUUUUAUGUUUUUUUUAUUUUUUUAGACCAGCUAACAAAAUUCUUACACUGGUUACUGCUGCUGACUGUGCUUGCUUGUUUCCAGUAAUGCAAGCUGUACUUUUAACUGGCAGAAUAACUGGACAACGUAGCUUUGGUGGAUUUUCGAUUGGUGGAUUCCUUCCGUGUACACGAUCACAUUCUGGAAGUGUGUUUGACUCUUCAAAUAUUAUUUCUCAAGACAAAUGGUUAACAUCAUACUUGAUACCUUGUGUAAAUAUAUUCUUUUGGAAGGUGGGUGGUAACAGGUUGAAUUUAAUUUAGAUUCUAAUUUUUGCACAUUUGCACUUGACUGUUAAAGUGAUAUUCCAGCUGUUGCAACAUUCUCAGGGGCGACUGGACCUGAAGAUCUCCGUAAACUGCUCAAAGCAGCUCAGCGACAGGGUCUAAAUAGUUUGAGGACAUCAGCAAUUGUAAAGAGGAUCCACACCAGUUUUCUUUUUGAGAUUUGAGCCGCCACUUCUGACAUGAUGAAGCAACACAGCAGAGUAUUAAUUUCUAUCUUAUGUUGAGAAGCACCCUGUUUGUGUAAUGUUUUUUGGGAUGUUUAUUUUGUUGGGUUUAUUAAGGAUAGUGGUUUAAAGCGUGAAGAGUUUCUAAUCAGUCUGUCGGGAAAUUGAAACACAUUAUUUAUAGGUUCUUGAUUAGAGAAGUACAUAUCAGAGAUUAUUGUUGGCAUAUAUUUUUGAUUCACACCAAAGAUAGUGAUCAAUUGUGUAGAAAGUUUGGCAUCGACUUGACCUUUGAAUCUGUGGAGUCUCAUGACAGCGGAAAACAAAGGUUGAUAUACUGAAUAAAGACGGAAUGAUCACACAA